AUUUAAGAAACUAUUUACAACAAAAUAAUAAACAACUUACAUGGAAAGAAAGAAUUUACAUAGCUGAAAAUAUAAUUAAUGAUAUUUAUUUUGUUCAUCAAGAGGAUGCUAUUCAUAGAGAUUUGCAUUCAGGAAAUAUAUUAUAUUCAAAAUAUACCAAUCGUUGGUAUAUUGGUGAUCUCGGAUUUUGUGGACCUAUUGAUAAACCUUUAAAAAGCGUAUAUGGAAAUCUUCCUUACAUAGCACCAGAAGUUAUUUUCGGUCAAGAAAGUACUAAAGCAUCAGAUAUUUACAGUAUAGGAAUGCUUAUGUGGGAGAUUUCAUCUGGACAACCACCCUUUGCUUAUUUUGAUCAUAAUUAUGAUCUUGUAAUGAAUAUAGUGAAUGGAAUGAGACCAAAUAUAGUUUCAGGCACUCCAUUAGAAUAUAAGAAAUUAAUGGUGCAAUGCUGGGAUGCUGAUCCAUUGAAGAGACCCGAU